CGAUCUAUCCGAGAUGCCUCAGUUUGAGAAGACGACGGUCCACAUGAGGGACCCUGAGAGGGUGGAGCAGAUCAUCUGUGGCCUCAUCAAAGGAGGAGCUUCCAAACUACAGAUCAUCACAGACUUCGACAUGACGUUAAGCAAGUUCGCUGUCAACGGCAAACGCUGUCCGACAUGUCACAAUAUCAUCGAUAACUGCAAGCUGGUGACAGAAGACUGCAGGCAGAAGCUGCUGCAGCUGAAGAAUAAAUAUUAUCCCAUUGAGAUCGACCCUCAACUCACCAUGGAGGAGAAAUACCCUUUCAUGGUCGAGUGGUAUUUCAAGUCUCACACACUACUUGUGGAGCAGCGGUUAGAGAAAGACAAACUGCCAGAGGUGGUGAGAGAGUCUGACGCUGCACUCAGGGAAGGCUUCGAGCAGUUCUUUGACCGCCUGCAGCAGCACAACGUGCCUGUCUUCAUCUUCUCCGCUGGCCUGGGCGACGUCUUGGAAGAAAUCAUUCGCCAGGCCGGAGUCUACCACCCCAACGUCAAGGUCGUCUCCAACUUCAUGGACUUUGACGACAACGGCAUCCUGAAGGGUUUCAAAGGCGAGCUGAUUCAUGUGUACAACAAACACGAUGGCGCCCUGCGGAACACGGAGUACUUCAAACAGGUGAAGGAAAACAGCAACAUCAUCCUAAUGGGUGACUCACUAGGGGACCUCAGCAUGGCCGACGGGGUGCCCAACGUGGAGAACAUCCUCAAGAUCGGCUUCCUCAAUGACAAGGUGGAAGAGCGACUAGACAAAUAUCUGGACUCUUAUGACAUCGUCCUGGUGAAGGACGAAACUCUGGAAGUGCCCAAUGCCAUCCUCCAGAAGGUUCUAUAACUCCCCCAAGUCCACUCCCAUCAGCCCUUUCCAGCCAUGGACGUGUCCGACUUCUAACACAAAUUAAAACUUUUGUCGCUGGUCUAGAGUGGUCACUUUUUAAGUCCUCCACUCGCUCUGGAUCCCACCUGGGUCGUCUUAUGACUCUGUACCCCCCCUCCAACCCGCUGUAAAAUCCUUUUAAAAAGACAUUUUAAAUCUCCUGAAUGAACUGUUUUAAAAGUCCACACAGCAGCAUCAGCUUGUCUCUAGUCUGUUUUGUUUGUUUGAACCGUUCUGAUGUUCUCUGCAAGUCGUUUUAUGAUAAAAGAAUAACCCAAAAUGAGAUGAAAAAAAACUUUCACCCAUGUUUAUAAUUUGCACAUUGUUGUUACCAUUGGUAUUCAUAGGAUUCUAUUGAUAUGGUAGUAUCUGUAUACUAUAAAGCAGGCACCACAGACGGACACAGUGUUUUCUUAGAGAUAGCCAGCAUGCCUGUCACCACAGUUACACUAACUAUGUGACUCAAAAAUUUAAAUGUGUUGCUGAGUGACAGCAGCAAUAUAAUAACCACCAAUGCCAUAUUUGUUUAAGACAAAUAAUUCAGAUUGUCAACAUGAAACAUGUUUAGAGGAAACGCACUUUAAAUUGUCUGCAUGGGGGAAUCAGCCUGUACAUGAACACACACACAUGUGGUAGUAGUUUAAAUUUGUGGAUGUAGGAACACAAGAAAAGCCAUGUUUACAUAAGAUUUUUCUUUCUAAUGAGCGCAUUUGGUAUCAUAUCAACAGACAGAAGGAGAAGCAGCUCUGUACUUUAGAAUCACGGCAAAUGCCCGUUUUAAUUUGUGAGGUUCUCUGCAUAGCUGACUCAACAAUCAUGUGUUCUCCAUGCCAGUGUUCAGCUCACCAUUUCAGUAAACAGAAGGAAGCUCGAUAAAACCCAGCAGAAGGCUUUAUUUAAUUACCUUUUAUUAUGUGGUUAAAAUCAAACCAUCUCUAAAAUAUUCAUUGUUUUUUGGGGGAGUUUCAAAUCUAAAAUGUCAUAGUUUCUGUUUGUCGCAACAUGUUGUGUUGAAUGUUCUCUUUGACUUCGUGUUUUUAAAUGUGCUGCUAUCACCUGCAUGUUGCCUUUUCUUAAGUCGUUAUGUCGAAGAAAUGGGAGAUAUAUAUAUAUAUCAAUAAAAUGGGGAAUAAUGUCAUACUGUUUAUGUGGGCGUUAUAUGAAAUGUAUAGUUUCACUGCAUUUGGAGAGAUCUCCAAAGGUAUAGAGCAGUGUGUUGUAUUUUUAUAAGCAGAUGGCUUUGUCUUUUCUUUGAUGGUGUGAUUUAAAAAUCCAAUAAAAUGUAAUUUUGUGAGCCA